GCAUCUGUCAGUCUGAAGAGGCUCCAGCUCCGACAGCGAGUCUCUGAACUCAACCUGGACGCGUACGAUAAAGAACCGACCGACCAAUUUGGUUCGUCUGUUAUCGUCUUAACGGUAACACAUUUUAUCUAAUAAAAACAAAAAUUACUCCCCACUGUCGCAAGUUGUUGUAGUUUAAAACAGUCCGGGGUUCACUCUGCUGUGAUGCACGGGUUAGCCAGCUAACGUUAGCCGGAGAGAGCUAGAACCGUUAGGGGGGAGUAGCGGAGUCCGUGCUCCUUCUUUGAACCGUGUUUGGAGGGGUGAAUAAACCGGACUAAACAUGGAGAAAAGUAACCGUUUUGUAGAGCUGUACCACUAUCUCCAAGACCCACACCUCGUCGCCCGCUUCCAGCGCUUUUGUGGGGUUCACGGGACGUUUUCGAGAACCGUCUGUGCUGGUACCAAGGACCGGACUCACUCUCAGAACAACGGGGCUUGCCAUCACCACAGCGCGGGGAAUGAGGGUGAAAACUUGGCUGUUAUCGGAGCAGGAGAAGGGGAAAUACCAACAAGGAAGAGGGUUAUCGAUUCAGAAGUGGCGAACAUCAGUGAAAAACUCCCCCAAAACGGGGCAGUUGUUUCCACAGCGACUGCAGGCGGGGAGACGGUUGGUUUGGGGAGUAACGGUCGCAGAGUCGCCGGGGCCACCGAACCAGAGCAGCGGGAGAAGGAGAGCGGAGCCCCGGGGUGCAGCACGGUGAAACCCCGCCGGAAGAACUCUCUCACAGGCGACGCCGGGCAGGAGUUUCUCAUCCAGAACCGGUUUUUGUAUUACAUGUUCACUUUCGGGACCGAGCUGGGCAACGAGCUGUUCUACAUCACCUUCUUCCCCUUCGUCAUCUGGAGCAUCGACGCGUUUGUGGGCAGGAGGCUGAUCAUGGUGUGGGUCUGGGUCAUGUACCUGGGGCAGUGCACCAAGGAUGUGCUCGGGUGGUCCCGGCCAGCCUCACCACCUGUGGUCAAAGUGGAAGUGUUUUACAACUCUGAGUACAGCAUGCCGUCCACACACGCCAUGUCGGGCACGGCCAUCCCCUUCUCCCUGUUCUUCAUGACCUACGGCCGCUGGGAGUACUCGUUCACACUUGGCUUCAGCUUGGCUCUCUGCUGGUGUCUGCUGGUCUGUGUCAGCCGAAUCUACAUGGGAAUGCACUCAGUCCUGGACGUCAUUGCCGGCGUCGUCUACAGCUCGCUGAUCCUGCUCUUCUUCCUGCCGGUGAUGGACCUGAUCGACGACUUCAACCUGACCUGCCGCUACGCUCCGCUCAUCAUCAUCUCCCUCCACCUGGGCCUUGGCCUCUUCUCUUUCACCCUGGACACCUGGAGCACCUCGCGGGGCGACACCGCUCAGAUCCUGGGCACAGGUGCCGGCAUCGCUCUGGCUUCCCACGUCAACCACUACCUGGGCCUGAUGCCCGACCCCACGCCGGAUCAACUCCCCUUCACCACGCCCGCCCUCAGCGCCAGCCUGUUUGGCGUCGCCGUGCUGCGGCUCGUACUGGGCGUCCUUGUGCUGAUGACCACACGGGCGCUGAUGAAGACCAUCACCAUCCCGGCGGUGUGCUGGGUGUUCAGGGUGCCCAGCGCGGACGUGAGGAAGGCCCGGCAGCACAUGGAGGUGGAGCUGCCCUACCGCUACAUCGUUUACGGGGCGGUGGGCUUCAACGUGGUCUUCCUGGUGCCGCUGCUCUUCAGCUACAUUCACCUCUCUUGAUUGGAUGUUUUCUGGCUUUAAGCAAUAAAGUGACCAUCUAAAUGUUCACCGAAUGCUGUUAUCAGAUCAGAAUCCUCAUCCAGAGCCCUUUUCUUUACUCCUCUGGCUUCAUCUAAGGCAAAUUAAAGCCGAAAAGCUGAUCUGGAUGCUGACAUGUUCUCAGUUUUUCAGUGUCUCCGAUCGUUGCCUCAGGUUGCCUUCAGGAAAGAUGAACCAAGAGCAGCUGGGAAAUCUUGUAAAUUUGGCCUUGACUGUUAUCAUUUUUACCUGUGGCGAGUGAUAUCUCUGUUCUGUAGAUUUAGAUUUAUUUAAAAUCAAAUCAGAAGGCUCCUCCUGAUCUCAGGACACAUCGGAUCAGAGCCAAACAUCCACUCCUCCAACAGCUUCAUUCAUAUUAACGGUGGCCUCUGAAAGACUAAAAACGCCACUGAGCGCUACUGAAAUGACCUGUGUCUUAGCAUUUACAUUUUAAUUCAUGCUAUUAUUAUUAUUAUUAUUAUUAUUAUUAUUAUUAUUAUUAUUAUUAAGAGUAUAGACAAAGAACCACACAAGCAAGUUUUAGGAGUUUUCCUAGAAAUUUAUAGGCAGGAUGUCAGUGUUGUGUGCACUUGAAGGCGAACUUUUUUAGUGGCUGAAAAGCGUCCGUAAUUCAUUUAAAAUGUCCUGGAUGAGUACUCGACACCGUGCUUGGUGUAGGGCUGCAACUUACAGUUAUUUUCAUCCUCGAUUUAUCUAUAAAAUGUCAGAAAAAAAUGAAAAAUGUCUUGUUUAGUUCAACAGACAGUCCAAAACCAAGUACAUUUUUGGAAGACUGAAUUUUUCCAGCAUUUAAAGCAUCGUGUCGGUGUUGUAUGCACUCGAAGGUGAAGUUACGGCUCCAAAUUGAAUUCACAAAACACUGGCAGUCUUUUACUGUCUGAGAUGUGUUAUGUAAUUUAUUUAAAACCUUGUGGACGAGUACUGAACAAAGUAUUUGAUGUAGGGCUGCUAAAAAAGAUCAUUUUCAUCUUCGAUAAAUCUAUAAAAUGCCAUAAAAUUGAGAAAAUUGUCUUGUUCAGUUCAACCAACAGAAAAACAUGUUAGUGUUGUUCGAACUUAAAGGCAAAGUUUUAUGACUCCACAAUGAAUUCUGCUGCUAAUCUUUUACUGUCUGAAAAGUGUUUUGCAACUUAAAUUUUAGAAAAUAAUGAAAAAUAUCUUCUUCAGUCUGUGCACCAGUCCAUUUAUUUUCAGUUAAAAUGAUAUAAAACAGAGAAAAACAGCAAAUCAAACAUUUUAGAAGCUGCAACCAGACAAUGUUUGGACUUUUCGAGUGAAAAAAGUAAAUUAAUGAAUUGCAAUGCAGAUACAUUUUUGGUUGAUUAUUGUUUCGACUCAAGUUCAGUGUAUAAACUUUGUGUGGUUCUUUGUCAGAAAGCUUCUUAAUAAUGAAUAUUUAAUCUUCCCCUGCUCUGUCUCGCCUCUCAAAGCAAUAAGAUUUUUUUACUUCCUUGCUCCUGCGGAGUUUGUCCUGAUGGAGAGACGUUUCACCCGCGGAGCGGACGCCCCCCUGUGGUUUCAAGAACUUGAUUUUGAGGCGUAUUUUCUAAAAGGGCUCCCCCCACUCUGUCUGCUCUGUUUACGGCUUUUGUCUUUAUUCGGACAGUUUCUCGUCUGUUCUGAGACUGAUCGUUUUCCUGCUGGAGAAAAGCAACGACCGGGCACAUACUGUCUGAUCCAGAGGGAAAGGAAGGAAGCUUUUAGUAUUUUUUUUGAUAGGAUGACGGGAAUCUGUCCACUUGGCUCAGCUUUUUUUAUUUUUAUUACACUGUAAACUGACUUCCUGUCAGAGAUGCUCGUGAUGGCAUCCACUUCCUGUGCAGAGGAGAGUUUAUCUGGAGGGAGGAGGCGGGGGAGAUAACGCUGCUCUCAGGAGGGAAGACGCGUGGAGGGUCAACGGGAGGUCAUGAUGACAAAGGGAGGUCAGUACAGCUCAGGCAAAGAAAUUACAUUAUUUUAAGUUAAGUUUUGUAGCUUUUUCAUGGGAUAAAACAGACGGAUUUUAAAAUUAAGUGGGAAUAUUUCGGGAAAAAAAUCAAAAGUUAUGAGAAAAAGGUCAUCAUUUUUAGAAUGGGCUUAAAAUUUACACCAAAAGUUGUAUUUUGAGAAAAAACUAUACAUUGUAGUAAACAGGUGAAAGCAGCCCGUCAGCUUUUACAGGUCAGUUAAUUAUAUUCUCAAAAAUGUUUUACUUUUUCCUCGAAAUAUUGAGACCUUUCUUUCUCAUAGAUUUUUGACUUUAUUUUAUAAAUAUUACAACUAUAUUUUAUCUCGAAAUAUAUAAACUUCAAUCUUGGCAUCUUGUUUUGCCCCCAACAUUAAUAACUUUUUAGUCAUAAAACAGUCAAAUAUUAUAUCUUACUUUUUCCAGUUCAGCUUCUCAAAUACUCUAAAUUUUCUAAAACAUUUUUAUAAAACUUAAUCUGGUUCGUUUCCACAUCGCAGCAGUGAGAGAAAAAUAAGUUUGGCUAAAAGUUCAGCUUGCAGAAACUUGAAACAUCAUGUUUCUGUUUUGCUGUUGAAAAAUAGCAAUAUUGGACUUUAUAGAUUUUUAUGUCAAAUGUAUGAAUUUUAAAUGAUCGUAGCUCAGUCAGUGUUUCUGUGUCUGAAUCAACGGCCUGCUGAAAAACAAAAGAAUCAGACCUGAGCAGAGACAAGGGGCCAGAUGUGUUAAGGAUGCAUAUAAAUAGUUUUGAUAAAUAGUUUUUGAUAGGAGUUUAGGGUUAGACGUCUGCAGAGCAAUUUGAGAUUUGACAACCAGGAUUUUUAGCAGUUAGACUUAAAAACAGACUCAGCGUCCACAUGGACUUUGACUCCAGCUUUCUCUCCUCCUGUCGUCCUCCCACACAGCAGCUGAAUAAACCGCUCAGACGCUGAGCAGCGCUUUAACCUUCAGUGUCGCUUCAGCGAUCGACGACUGUAAGAUCAGACCAGUCUUUCCCCUUGUGCCUGCUUUACAUUUUAUUCAGAUUAUAUAGAUAUUACGGCGCUGCUGCUGUUGGAGAAAAAAGUGUAAAUUGUAUGCUUUUUAUUUUGGAUCGAAGAUUUUUUUUUUUUACUCAUGGACACUGAUAUGUUUUCUCAAAACCUUAAAAAAACAUUUAGUCAAGCAGCAAUAAACAGAAGACCAUUGCCAUUUUUAGUUACGUGUGUUACGGCAGCCGAAGCACCACAGUGUCCUUAUGAGACGUGCUCAUCAGUUAGUAAACCGCUCAGAAAAUAGGGCUUACAAUUCUGUAAAGAGAAGAUAAGUGCUCUUUUUUGUGUUUGUUUAAGAAAGACUGAAAAAAAUACAACACAGCGUUCACUUAACAGCUUUUUCCUGGAACUGUAAGGACUGAUGAGGACCAAGAGAUCUGGCCCAAAGUGAAUCCGGACCGAUCCUGGAUGUUUGAGGUUUAAAGAACUGCGACCAAAAUAUUCAUUUCUCAGCACUCAAACAUUUGACAAAAACGAUCUCUCCAGAGAGGCGUCUCAUGUUUGUUGUGGAGUUUUCAGUCAGAUCACACGAUCUUCCUCUGCAGAUAAAUUUGCUCAGUUUUCAGUGAUUUUUUAUUUUUUUUCCUGAUCACUUUUAAGAACCUCUCAUCCAUGUUAGCUUCUUGAUUUUGGAAAAAACAGCUGACAAAGAAGUCUCACCACAAGGUCCGUUGAUUCGAUCAAAAGCUUCAGGACGCUAAAAUCACCAUGUGGGUUUAUUUUCCUUCAAAUCAAGAUUGAACUUUAGAUAUCUAAAAUAUGCUUUUGGAAUUUGUGUUGAAUUUUUUUUAACUUAUUGGCCAACAUAUAUGUGGAUUCAGUAUAUCUGUGAUAAAUGAAUACUGACUGGUUGAAACCUUGGAUAAAGCUAGUGAGUGGA